AUGGCCUGGGGUGCGGGAGUGAGAGACGCCAAGCAGCCUGGAUGCUCAGACAAAGGGGCCUUUGAUACAGAACCGCAGACUCUCAAGUUCAGACCCGGCACCGCCGCUAUCAGAUGGGGGCAGCGGGCCCUGGAAGAAGGGAUUCGGCCUCAGAGAGGGUUUGCGGCUGCCCCACCCCUUCCGCACCCCCUGCAGAUCAUUCUCAGCUCCAUGCACCGCUACCAGCCACGCUUCCACGUGGUCUUCGAACCAUGCAAAGACAGCAAGCGCUACGCGCAGGAGAACUUCAAGUCCUUCAUCUUCACGGAGACCCAGUUCACGGCCGUGACGGCAUAUCAGAACCACCGGAUCACCCAGCUGAAAAUCGCCAGCAACCGUUUUGCCAAGGGCUUUAGGGAGAGUGACCCGGACUCCUGGCCUAUAUCUCCACGGCCCCUGCUCAGCAUCCCGACCCGGAGUCGCAGCAGCCUCUGCCCCUGCCUGCUGAAGGGCUACACAGAUCCUCCCUCAGACCCCAACAAAGCUCCAGCCUUCGCCUCCAGGACCCCUGCCAGGCUCCACCAUCAGCUGCUGGCUCCCCUUGAGGCUCUGCUGGCCUCAGCCACCUACCGGCCCCUCACCUACCAGGGCCUGUACCCUGGAGCCUCAAGCCCCCUCCGAAUCCCAAGGGCCCGACCAACACCAUAUCCCCUACCCAAUAUCCAGGCUGACAGGGCGGGGGGCCUCCCCUUGCCAGCUGGGCUGGGGCUCCUUUCCCGCACUGCAGUGCACCUGGGGCCUGGCCAGGACCCGCAGUGAUGGUAGGGCCCUGUGGACAGAGUCCUCUUACCCUGGAGCCCCCCCUCUUCAGCCUCACCUCUGCAGAGACAUCCUCCCCUCACAAGGAGAGCAGGGC